AUGUCGGGCUCUGUCACUUACGUUGUGAAUAUUAUGGUCAGCAUUUUACUGCUGAACAGACCAUUCUUGCUGGACCUGCCAGUCAAGGCCGACAAAGAGCCUGACAUCCUGAACUAUUCACCAUCUAUCCACUUAUCUGCCGUACCGCUGGAGCGUGCCCUUGGGUAUGCUUGCGUCGACUCUGCCAUUCGAAUCACGGAGACGACGCGUCCCUUGUUGACAUAUGAACCCCUUCCGAAACGACUGCCCUUUGUUGUCAACGCGGCUUUUCUGGCAGGGCUUGCUAUUGGACUGGCAUUUUUCGCUAGACUUCGAAGGCAAUUUCCGCUGCACGAAGGCCUCGCCGAUGCUCUCAGGACACUGAAGGCCUUCUCCGAGCAAGAUAUUGUUGCCAGACGCGGGCUGUCGCUCUUGACAAAUCUAGAAGCUGCUUGCGGCAAAUCAGGAUGGAGAAUAAUACAGGCCCUGGCGACAGUUAGUCACUGGCCUUUUGGCCACUUUCAACCGCUUAACCGAGAGGCGCAAGAAGGCGUAUUAAAUGGCCAUGGCGUGCAGGAUAGUUUCAGUGAACAUGAGAGACCAGCUGAGUGGAACGCGCGCAAGAGACUUUCGAGUUCUUCUCCCUCCGGUGUUCGAUCUGCGCAGUCAGGUCAACUCGGUCGAGAUACCCAGUUCAAGGCUCUCCCGGUCAAUUCUGACCUCACCGAACAGCGACUGCCAGCGCAAGAUGAUACUCCUCAGCCCGGAAGCAAUGACUGGCAGACGGAUGUUGAAAACGACGCUUUGCUCUUCGACGCUGACGUUCAUUGGAGCCAACCGGGAGCGUCGUUCGGCCAGGGUUUCGCGAACCUGUCGACGUUGAGCAACCAGUAUUGGGAGUCGCAGAAUGUUUUCAGCAUGGACUGA